GAAACACCCAAGAUUAGAAGAAGAUUAGAAAUGUGGAGUUCCUCUCUGCAUAAGCUGACAUCGACCAGUGGGCCAAUGGAGCUUUUGGUGCCAUCACCUGCCCUAUACUUAGUAUGUGGGCCUGGCAGUAGUGGGGCAAGCACCUCGACCACCGAGUGGCCCGUAAGUCUAGACCGCACUCCCAGAACACCCCGUCGACAAAUAAUCCGUUGGUGCAAACCUCUUCGCGAUGACGAGCUAAUAGCUUUGCUCAAUUACGCGAAGAAGAGUCUAAGGAUGAAGAAAUUGUCCAGCCGUCAUUGGUGCCCCGAGCGGCAAGGAUGUGGAUGGACGAAGACGAUGAGGAAGUUGGAAGAGAAGAUGGGUUUAAUAUUACUUACGAGUGGCCUCCUCAAUCUCUUCGCCUAUCCACGUUAACCCCAAUGCGCGCCUCACCGACGACUUUCGUUUACUCCGAUAGAACCUUUUUUCACUAUUUUUUUAUUGCUUAGGUGGGUGGACGAGCUCACAGCCCACCUGGUGUUAAGUGGUUACUGGAG